AGUUACCUGAUAAAGAGGAAACAUUAUUGUCAUCACUUGAAAACUUCAUUGCAUUACAAAGUAGUGGUAAAAUUGGAUUAAUAACAAAAAAAAAAGAGACAAAUUUUAUUUUUCCUGCCGUAUUUAUAUCUACAACAAACAGAAAAUUAGUUGAACCUCAACGAUUAUAUGAUACAACUGCUGCUGCAAAAGAAAGACCAAUAUCAUUUCGAGCUGGUGGAUUAAAUCUAUUACUUGAUGGUAAUAAAUUAAAAUUUAAAGUUGAAGAUAGUGAUGAAACUUUUAUUUUGCAUCACGCAGUUUACGUUAAAGCUCAAAUUAAACCACCUCAUAACAAACCACCUCAAAUUAAAAAAAAUCGUGGAUUAGAAUACAUGCCAUUAGAUAUUCGUGAUAGGUUUCUUUGUGAUGCCAAAUUAACAAUAGAAACCCCAUUAAAAGAAAAAGAAGAUCAUUUUUAUAAAUUUGAUCAUCUUAUGGCCUCUCUCGAUGCAUUUGACGCUCUCGGUGAUCAUGAGACAAUUGUAAAACCAAAAAAAACUACUAAACCGGAAUUUGAUGAACCUGGAAGAGUACAACUACAAUUUCCAAUGGCUUUAUCACUUCAAGGAUUUAAACAAGUAAUAGAAAUAGCACCAUCUAAUGAAACUUUCAUUAUUUAUCAUAACGUUAGCUUUGAAGCUUUCAAAGAACCCUCUAAAAAAAAUGUUAUUGCUAAUACAAAAAAUGAUAAAAAAACCAACAUUGGCAGAAUUGAAAUGUUACUUCAAACUGGAGAUUUAGAACUUACAACACAAGAUCCUUCGAAUCCAAGUUUUGAUUGCAGACAUGAAGUUUCAAUUCUGGUUGACUUAGAUGGUGAUGUACCGCUCAUUGAAAUGAACCCCAAGACAAUACAGAAACAUACGCACCGAUGA